AUGGAAUCUCCUCACAUGUAUGAAAACAGCCAAACGGAAACAAAUAAGAAAGUAAUAAACAGUUCGAACAACAACAAUAACAAUAACAACAAUACGAACAAUAAUAAUAACGGCAAUAAUAACAGCAACAGUGCGAACGGUAACAACAGCACAAGCAACGCCGCAGCACCGAACGUCAACAACAACAACAACAACAUAAAAUUAAACGUGGCCAACAUAAAGCAAAUACAAAAUGCUUUAUACGCGAAUCAACACGGCGAAUUGACGGAUUUAAAUUCGCCCGAAAUCAGUUUGGACCUACAAAAUUUGAUUGACGAUUCGCAAUUCAACGAAGGGAUAUUUACCGACAUUUUGGAAGCGAGUGGAAAAUCCGUACAAGUACAAAGUCACCAUCAAGUGAGUGGUGCCCUGCGGUCCACAAGUGCAAGUGCAGUAAACAAUAACAGUGUGACUUAUAGCACCCGCGCUUUGGCGUACAUGCCACAACCCGUGCAUUCGGCCGCAAGUUAUAAUAAUACUACAACUAAUAAUAAUAAUAAUAAUAACAACAACAAUUCGGAUAGUUCCAGUUCCAGUUCGUCUAGUUUGCCGAGUAUAAAACAAGAGCCUACGGAUCCCCAGAUUUCGUUAAAUAAUCCAUACAAAGCAACGUGUUCGUAUUAG